GGGCCUUUUAGCCGGGCCCUUUGCCACGGGAGGCUUUAUAAGGGCCCGGGCGCAUGCCAGCUUUCACUCUCACGUUAGGAGGUCCCAGGGGCAUCUCAGCGAGAUAAAAUGACUCACCACUGCACCAAGUUCUCCGGUCACUGGAAGAUCAUCGUGUACGACGAGGAGUGCUUCCAGGGCCGGCGCCAUGAGUUCACCUCCGAGUGCUGCAACGUCAUGGAGUUCGGCUUCGAGACCGUGCGCUCGCUGAGAGUGGAGAGCGGAGCGUGGGUGGGUUAUGAGCACUCUGCAUACCAGGGCCAGCAGUUUGUGCUAGAGCGUGGAGAGUACCCUCAGUGUGAUGCCUUCGGGGGCAGUAACUCCUACCAUAUUGAGAGGAUGACCUCCUUCAGGCCCAUUGCCUGUGCUAACCACAGGGAGUGCCGGAUGACCAUCUACGAGCGGGAGAACUUCCUGGGACGUAAGGGGGAGCUCAGUGACGACUACCCCUCCCUGCAGGCCAUGGGAUGGUGCAACAAUGAAGUGGGCUCCCUGCGGGUCCAGUCUGGAGCGUUUGUGUGCUACCAGUACCCAGGCUACCGUGGCUACCAGUACAUCAUGGAGUGUGACCGCCACUGCGGAGAGUACAAACAUUUCAAAGAGUUCGGCUCUCACUCACAGACCCCCCAGAUUCAGUCCAUCCGCCGCAUUCAGCAGUAACCCCUGCCUCUGCUUACCCCCAACUUCCCCCGAAAAGCAGUCUUAGCCUUGCCCUAUCCCCACUGCAAUCCAGUGCAGAAUAAAGUGUCUUUCUUAAACCUCA